AUGUCCAGAGAUGAAGCUAUCAAGAACAACGCGUUCCAUGGUGAAAUGUUUUGGAAUGCUUAUGGAGGAAUCGGUGGUUUUUGCAAUAAUGACAAUAAUGAUAUAAAAAUAAUUAAAACAAUAAACUUUAUUAAUUAUUUUCUUGCAUAUAACUUUCCCUAUAUAUCUUGA